UUUCUAAAGAACAAAUAGGUAUUUACAAUAUACAUAAUUUGAACAUAUAUUAAAAUAAAUAAAUACGUAAAAUUAGUUCUCUUACUCCAAAAUCCAAAAUGAGUAUCUAGGUGGAGGUUGGAAAAAAGUUCAAAAAACACUUGCAUCGUUGCAUUGCAGAAAAUAAAAAGGAACAAGUGGUUAGGCGGGCACUGGUUGAGUUCCUUACUGCAGCCGACUGCUUCUAAACGUUUCAUCGUUUUUCUUUCACCGCUCAAUGGAAAUCGAUAAGUGUUCAGCCAAUGAUGCUGCCCAGGCUGAUGCCCCUAAUAUUCUAUUGAAUCUAGAGCUUCCGACAAAUGACCUCUGGUUCAAGAAAAAGAAGAAACUACUGGAGGACAUAGGUUUUAAUCCAUCAGGCCCUGUUUGCCUGCAAAGUUUUGCUACUGCUGAUCAGUUAAAAACUGCUCUAACAGUAAUACUUCAACGAGCUAGAAUCAUAAACUUAGAUGAGCUAGAGCUUUAUUUUGGUGGAGACAAUCUUAAUAAUCUGGUUGGCUUCAAUAGUUCAAGGAAUGAACUAGAGGCGCUGCGUUUAGUGCUCGCAGCCAUUGAUGAGGCAAUCCCCAGCAGUGAACACGCUACUGCAGUUGCAUUGCUAGAUUUACGCCAGGCAACUGUUGAUCUGUUAUGCGAAUUCUCCAUUAAAAUCAGGGAGGACACUAGAAUUUGUGCAGAAAAAAGAAUUGAAAAGGAGAACUCUUUAUUACAGUGGGGGGAAAGCAAUGAACCCAACCCAACACCAUGGUUGUCCUACACCCACCCUAGGCUGAGCCCACACUCCCCAUACCUUCCCUAAACAUCCAAAAUAUUUCCUUUUCAAAAUAAAGUUUUUCCUACUCUUAUUUUAGCCAUGGCCGAAAAUAAGAGUGUAUAAACCAAAACCUUUUUGUUUGUUGUUAUUUUCCUUCUUUUAAGCCUUUUAAUAAACCAGUAAAACCCUCUCUUCCUUCCUUUCAUUCCCUGCCCAAAUAAACCUCACAAUCCCAACACAACACCCACAAAGAGCCAAAACCAUGACCCACCUCCAGCCCCUACUUCCUGCCCAUGUUUUCCCUCACAGUAACCCAAAGCCAUAACUCCAAAAUACCCAUAAAUAAUACCCAGCCCUGUCCCCUUUUAAUGACCAAAAACAACCCCUCUUUUAUUCCCCAACAUUGACCAACCAUUGUCCCCCUUGUGUCUCCCACCUAGGCUGAAUAAACAAUAACAAAAGGACAAAAGACUUUUGUGAGUUUAUUGACACUCCACCCACCAAAUCAGUCCCCACAUACCUUCCAUGAAUGACCCAAUAUAAGGCCAAUAAAACCAACCCCUUUGUCCCCCAUUAUUUCCCAAGAAUCAUCACUUAUUUCCUUGUGAUUUUCCUCACUAAAGGACAAGCCACCAGCCAUGAAAAUCAAAGACCAAAUCCCUGAUUUCAUUCCAUUAAGAAAACAUAAACAAAUGGAUAUUAUUCUUGUGAUUUGUGAGUGGAUGUUUCUGGGA